GCCAACGCGCUGUGCGUGCCCUUCAGUUUAUCUAAAUUUGGAUUGCUUCAAGUCAGAAGGGUCACCACAAGUAGACCGGGGUCUCGUCUCCUGAUCUCCUUGUGAUGCAGUUCGCUGCUAAUCUUUUAGCCUAUGGAUGGCUUGUUCUGCUUGCACAGAACGGCUCACACCUCCUGCUGUAGAGAAAGACCAGUGCACGGAAUGAGUGAGGAGAAGCCCAAGAAGAGGACCCUUUACUUCAUGAGGAUGAAGCCACUGAAAGAGCCUGUGAACCACAGUGUUUCCUUUGUAAUUCAGUGCCACAUAGGCAAGGAGAUCAAACACAUUUGCAGCAACUGUAGCCGUGGAGAGGGAGCUAAAGAUGCUGAAGAAGUAGAGAGGCUGGCUGCAAUGCGUUCCGAGUCACUGGUCCCAGGGACACACACACCGCCCAUCCGGAGAAGGAGCAAGCUUGCAACACUAGGGAGGCUGUUCAAGCCGUGGAAAUGGAGAAAGAAGAAAAGCGAAAAGUUCAAACAGACAUCUGCAGCUCUGGAAAGGAAGAUUUCCACUCGGCAGAGCAGGGAGGAGCUGAUUAAACGAGGUGUGCUGAAGGAGAUUUUCGAAAAAGAUGGAGAUGCUCCCGUACACAAUGAAGAGGAGGUAGUAGAGAAUGGCCAGGUCCGGACAUCACAGCUGGAGGAAGGGGAGCCUGAGCCAGAACUGGGUGAAGCCAUAGCAGAUGACUCAGUCCCGUGUACAGAGUCAGCAGACAAACCAGCUGCUGAAGAUAGUCCCACUGAUGGUAGAGCAGGAGUAACUGAGCAGGACUCAUCAGCUAAACCAGUCCUCUUACUUCCCGCUAAGAAGUCUGUAGCUUUCCACUGUGACAGUAAUGAAACACCUGCCAAACAACAGUCCCAUCCGAAGCAGCCCCCUGCCCUGCCUCCGAAGCCACUGACAAGGAUCGCCCAUCACCUGGCUGGUUUCCCCACCGCCUACACCAUUCCUCGGCUGAGAAGACAGACUGACAGGCAGGCAGCCUUCUCCCAUGACUCUGCCCUUUGCACUUCCAAGAGACCGGUGGGGCACAUGAGAGCGAUCCGGGAUGCUGGCCAACCUGUGAAGCUGCCUUGUAUGCCACCUGUGAGGUUGUCGCCCCCUCUACCGCCAAAGAAAGUGAUGAUAUGUAUUCCGCCACAGGCGGCCGACACACCACCCAAUUCCUAUUCUGCGGCGCAGAAAAUCACCCAGCAGCCUUCCCAGCUACAGUACGGAGGUUCCCAUUCCUCGGCCUUAUCCGGUGGGAUGCCUAUCCACCCUGCAGUACCCACGAGCAAGGUGAUAGAAGAACUCAACAAGACGCUGGCCUUGACGAUGCAGAGGCUGGAAAGUUCAGGACUGCAUACAGGAGAGAGUGGGACAAAAACAGGAAAAAGCAAUACUCUCGACAUCCGACAAGUGCCAACAGUGGUGGUUGAUUACGACGAUGAUAAAGAAAAUGUGCCUAAUGAAUCGGACUAUGAGGACACUUUCAGUAUGCACGGGGAGGAAGAUGAGGAGGAUGAGGGGGAUAAUGAUGAUGACGACGAUGAUGACGACGAUAAUUUUUUCACAAGCUCGUUAGCAUUAAAAGUUUGCAGGAAAGACUCCCUGGCCAUUAAACUCAGCAACAGACCAUCAAAGCGUGAAUUGGAGGAGAAGAAUAUCAUUCCAAUGCAGACUGACGAAGAGAGGCUUGAAAUGAGGCAACAAAUUGGCACAAAGCUGACAAGGCGAUUAAGCCAGAGGCCAACUGCAGAGGAACUGGAACAAAGGAACAUCCUGAAACCAAGAAACGAACAAGAAGAAGAAGAGGAAAAGCGAGAAAUUAAAAGACGGCUAACACGGAAGCUUAGCCAAAGGCCUACUGUGGAGGAAUUGAGGGAGAGAAAAAUCCUUAUCCGUUUCAGUGACUAUGUGGAGGUGGCUGAGGCCCAGGACUAUGACAGACGUGCUGACAAGCCGUGGACAAGGCUGACAGCUGCUGACAAAGCUGCUAUUCGUAAAGAACUGAAUGAAUUCAAGAGUACUGAAAUGGAGGUGCAUGAAUUAAGCAGGCAUCUAACAAGGUUUCACAGGCCCUAGCCAUUAACAGUGCAGAACCACAGUGAGUCUUACAAAAACCUGAAGUGCUAGGACUGUACAGGUACCUAUUAAUCCCAACUGGGACAGAACUCUUCUAAUUGCCUUUGUGUGUCGGAUAUGUCCUGUAAUGGAUACUUUCCAAUUGUCUACCAAUCUACUCACCUUCAAGAGUCGUCAUGUCCUUCCAGGGAUUUGAUCAGAUGUACCACAUCCAUGAGCUGAUGUUGUAUUUAGACAUCUAGUACUGUCAUUCACUGUUGUCUCGUUCUCUCUUGUUAUUUAUUGCACUGGGUGGUGCAUAAGGGUGAAAUCCCCAUCUAUAGUAUGCUUAAUGCCAUUAUGUCUGUGAUGGAGGUGAGACAGCACACUGCAGUUAAUUCUCCAAAAGAGCUCCAUAAAGUUCCCUUCGGUUAAUAUUACUGAACUUUUACCACACUAUUGCUUUGUGACCUUAACUGAGGCAACGGCAUCCAGUUUAUCAGGCACUGGCUGGAACUAGAGGGAGAAGUUAUCUCUGAUAAAUAUUCUUCAUUCAGCAGGUCGGUGGGAAGGGGUUUACCCUGCACUAUAUGUAGCAGAUAUAUUUAUUAUAAAAUAUAAAAUAAAAUGACACAUAAUAUUAACAAUAAGCAGCAAUGUCAAAACUGUAUCAAUAACAAGCAAAAAUGCAGUUAACGAUGAUCUGAUUGGAUGGAGCACAGGUAACAGACCACUGUAGUUUGUUUAAGGACGUUCCUGCAAAUGGUUAAAUGAAGGGUUUCUUCAUUGCACAGAUUGUAUAUAUUGAGUUUUGCAUAUGCAAGAAGCUUCUUCCACAUCCAGUUUGUUGGUCUAGCAGAAUAAAUAUAUUACACUUCCAGAUUACAAACUUUCAGAUAUUAGGUAAGAAUAAUGCUAACGAAUCAAGUCCAAUAUUCAAUCAAAGCCUAUUAUAGCAUCUUGCAGCAAUGAUUUUAUCCAAGUCAUUUGAGCAUUGUGCUGCAUGUUAGAUUGGAUUAUGGAAAGGUUAAAUAAGCAUCUCUUUAGUUUGAGAAAGUAUAUAUUGUAAGAUAUUGAAAGAAAAGGCCUGUAACUUGAUGAUGAUAAUUUGUAUGAUAUGUUACACAUAUGGCUGCAUUUUUCAAGAAAGACUUUCUACCCAUAAUCGAGUGCACUAUUUUGUGCAGGAAAGUAAGUGAAUGGCAGUGUAAGUCAAAUGAGCCAUCCGUUUGUGUACAGUGAGGAAUGAGUGUGACUGUGUACCAACCCAGGCAAUAUGUGUGAGUGGGAUGCCGUUACCAGGCAAUACAUCCCUCCAUGGAAUAUUUUCUAAAGUGAUCAUUAUUCUGAAGUUCAGCAUCCAGGAUAUAUGUGCUCAAUUAAUCUAAUAUUCUCAACCUUCAUGUACCAGUUUGAUUUUAGAUAAUGUGGCUGUAUCAAUCAGAGGCCUUGGUUCUUAAACUACACCUAAUUCUAUUACAAAGUCAUGAUUUGGCUUUGAACAUUUAGAAGACAAUGAUGUUAUUCUAUUUUUUUUAUGAUUUCUGUUAAUAGAAAAGGAAUCUCUAACAAUGGCCUCAGUAGAAUUACAAGGGAUGGAAAUCUUGCCAUUAACUUUAAGAGAGUCUUUAAACUACUGUUGCCCAUUAACCAAAUAUUACCAUUACCAUUUUUGUUUUUAAUUUUUUCUCCCAGCAUUUUAACCAGACCUACUGAAAAAUUCAUAUAGGUACUGUUGAUGUUUUACUCCUUCAUACUGGAGCUUUAACCAUUCUUUUUUGUGUGUGUAUUAGCUAAACCAUUCAGAGUCUUUGCUGCCCAGUUAAGUCUCCAAUUCCUCCAUGUUUCAAAUGGUCUGAACAAACUGUGUGAAUUAAUGUGAAUGUUGAAUACCUGUACAUAGUUGUCUUUGUAAAGGAGUGGAAGUUGUGACUGUUCCCCCGUGCUCUUCCAGUACUGUACAAUUAAAACAAAAUUGAUGUAUGAAAACUUGUAAAUAACCAUAAAAAACGUUUGACUCUCUAAUAUGGUUUGCUCCAGGCUUUGCCAUCUGUACAUACUGAAUUUGCAUGUUAUUGUAUAACUUAAAUUACUGUCUACAAGUUUGUUUCAAAUGAUGUAUACAGUUUCUUAAAACUAAAUUUUAUUUAAAAAAAGUUUUUUAGUCGUUGGCAUUCAACAACUGUUUUUACACAAAAGGGGCUUCAAUUUAAAUAGUUUGGUUAAAUCUAAUUUUGCUA